CAUAUUAUCUUAUAGGGGGAGAUCAAAGUGCUAAAAAGGUGGAUCACUGUAGGAGUGAUCAUUUCACACAUAUCUCCUCGAGUUUCAUUUGGGCGUAGGCUCUGGAAUAUUCGUUCAAAGUUCAUUAGCUACGUUUUAUAGCCCAUCAGAAAUAGUAUAAAUAACCCCACAAAUCUAUCAUCAUGAGCUCAUCGCAGUACUAUCCAUUCCAAUGCACCCCAACCGUCUACCCAGCGGAUCCCUUCGAUCCAACUGAGGAUGCCGCCACGCUCCGUAAGGCCAUGAAGGGAUUCGGAACUGAUGAGAAGGCAAUCAUCGAGGUUCUGGCACGCCGAGGCAUUGUUCAACGUUUGGAAAUUGCCCAGGCGUUCAAAACCUCGUACGGCAAGGAUCUGAUCAGCGACCUGAAGUCUGAGUUGGGCGGCAAGUUCGAGGACGUUAUUCUGGCUCUGAUGACCCCUCUGCCACAGUUCUACGCCAAGGAGUUGCACGACGCCAUUUCCGGCAUCGGUACCGACGAGGAGGCUAUCAUCGAAAUUCUGUGCACACUGUCGAACUAUGGCAUCAAGACGAUCGCCGAGUUCUACGAACAGCUGUACGGAGUUUCUUUGGAGUCUGACUUGAAAGGUGAUACCAGCGGGGCCUUCAAGCGGCUGUGCGUAUCAUUGGUGCAGGGAAAUCGGGACGAGAACACCGGUGUCGAUGAGGGAGCAGCUGCCGCUGAUGCCCAGGGAUUGUUUGAAGCUGGCGAAGGUCAGUGGGGAACCGACGAGUCGAUCUUCAACCAGGUUUUGGUCACCAGAUCAUACCAGCAGCUACGAGCCGUAUUCGAAGCCUACGAAAGCUUGGCUGGCCAUUCGAUUGAGGAUGCCAUCAAGCGCGAGUUCAGCGGAGCCAUCGAGGAAGGUUUCAAGGCCAUCGUUCGUUGCGUACGAUCGAAGGUGCAGUACUUUGCCAAACGUCUGCAUAACUCGAUGGCCGGACUCGGCACCAACGACAAGACGUUGAUCCGUAUUAUCGUUAGCCGUUCGGAAAUCGACUUGGGAGAUAUCAAAGAAGCGUUCCAGGAAAUGUAUGGCAAAUCGCUCGAGUCGUGGAUCAAGGGUGACACAUCGGGCGAUUACAAGCGUGCUUUGUUGGCCAUUGCUGGAUAUGCGUAAAACGAGCAAGAACCCAUCGCCCACUCCUUAUCGGCGAUAACAACGACCACCUCGAACGACACGACUAAUAACAACAAAAAAAAACAAACACAUUUUGUUAAAUGGAUGUUGCACUUUUCGUUGUUACGCUUAUUAUUUGCAAUGAUCUGAAAAAAGGGAGCCCAGGUUGGUCGUUUGCUCCCAAUAGCAAUGCAACCGUAACUGCUUCAUGUAGACUCUCACUAGUUUUUCCUUCCACAUUUAUCAUAGUUAAGCACAAAUAUAUUUUCUACACCUCAAUUUGUUAAUAAAAGACUUACUAAGUAAGCGGAAUAAAGUAAAAUUUUAAUACUGUUUUUAAAUCCACUUUUGAGUGAAAAUUUUCGUCUGUACUUUUUAUCAAAUAAGAACUAAAUAAAGCAGUAUUUUAUAAACCAAAAAAA